AUGAAAGAUGAAGAGACAAGAAAGCUCACAAAUUUCUUCUCCACGGAACCGGGAACUGUGGCCGAGGGAGACCUACAGACGUCCUCGACUCAACAAGACGGAGCGGAAUCUCCGCCUAUAAUUGAAACCUUGGACGAGUGCGAUUCGAAUGCGUCUCCGGCCGUGAAGAAGCCGCGGUUGGCAUUCGAUCCCAUGGAUAUUGGCCGCUUCGUUCGGAAGAGUUCCUCUCUACAUGCUCCUUUGACGGAGGAGGAGCGGUUCAAAGCGCUGACAGAUUGCUGGAAACCCGAUGAGCACUAUCAGUUCCCGAAAGUUCUGGAGUCGACUCGCACUCGUGCUUUCCAGCAUCAUUAUCUCGUGAAAUGGCCGUGGUUAGCCUAUAGCGAAAUGCAUGGCGGAGGGGCUUUCUGCAAAUACUGCGUCCUGUUUGCGAGAGAAACGUCGGAUCAGAGAGGGCCCAACUUCCUCGGUGUUCUGGUCGCGAAACCUCUCAACAAGUAUAAGAAGGCCUUGGAUAUUCUGAAGAACCAUGAGCGUUGCCAAUAUCAUUGCGAGGCUAAAGGAAAAGCUGAGAAAUUCCUCGAUUGGUACAACGAUAAGGUCGGCCACGACCUCAGGAACCGAUUGUUAGCCGCACGAGAAGAGCAGGUGAAGAAGAAUCGACAAGGAUUGGUACCUAUAAUCAGAACGAUUCUUCUCUGCGGGAAGCAAAAUAUACCACUUCGAGGUCACAGAGAUGAUGGGUCUCUUAGCGCCGUCGACGGAAAUAAUAAUGACGGCAACUUCAGAGCUCUGUUGCGGUAUCGACUCGAUGCCGGGGAUCGGCUUCUGGAAGAACACCUCAACAGCGCCAAGAAGAACGCGACAUACGUUAGUCAUACGUUCCAAAACGAGAUCAUCUCAACGAUUGGGAAGAUCAUACGACGGAGAAUUGUCGCCGAGGUCAAGGUCGCCAAGUUCUUCGCCGUGCUAGCUGACGAAUCGAGGGACGUGGGGAAGACCGAUCAACUGACCGUGUGUCUUCGUUAUGUUGGCGGCGAAGAUAAUCAGCACGUUGUCAAAGAAGUCUUCCUCAAAUUUUCUGAUGUGGAAGAGAAGACAGGGUCUGGGUUGGCCCGCAGCAUACUCGGUGUUCUUCAAGAAGAAGGACUAGACAUCCGGAACCUCAGAGGUCAGGGUUAUGAUGGCUGUAGUGCGAUGAGAGGGUCAAACAAGGGUGCGCAAGCCGAGAUAAAAGCCGUCGUUCCUCAAGCGCUCUACUUCCAUUGUGCGUCUCAUUGUUUGAAUUUGGCUUUGGUGCACUCCAGCGAGCUCGCCGCGAUCCGAUUGGUAGCUGGCUCAGUGGCGAAUGUAUGUGCAUUCUUUUCGAACUCUUCAAAACGAACGAGAAUUCUACAAGAUCAGAUCGAACGCUCGAACUCAUCGAAUUCCAGAAAAAAGAGACUCAAAACAUUGUGUAUGACGCGUUGGGUGGAGAGCCACCAGGCUUUCAUAGCUUUCAAGGAGCUUCUUAUACCGAUCGUGCAGUCGUUGCUGGAGCUGGAGCAAGAAGUUGGUGAAACCGGAGCUCGCUCCUACGAACUUCUGAGCGCGAUUUGUAAAUGCCAGUUCGUGACGUCUUUAUUCAUCAUCGAGAGUUUCUCAUCUCUUUUUUUGCCCUUGUCCGUGAAACUUCAAGCGAAGGAGCUUGAUAUUUUCGCGGCACUUGACUUAGUGGACAACGUACUCCUUGUCUUGAGGCGGAGGCGAGAAGCUGCGAUCGAUGGAUUCCAACAAAUUUUGGCAGAGGUUACAGAGGUUUGCGACUCCCUCGAAAUUGAUAUCAGAAUGCCACGCAUAUGUGAAAGACAGCUCAACAGGGAGAAUCAUCCCGCAGAUUCAAGUGAAGAGUAUUUUCGAGUGACGAGUUACAUUCCGUACCUCGACAGCUUGAUCGAUGGGUUUAUCUCACUGUUCGCGGAUGCGAGACAGGGCGCCCUGAAGGUCCAGUGUUUGAUACCCAAAUUUGCAGUGAGAAGCUCUGUCACGGAUCUGCAUCCAGCGAUCGAGUUUUACGAGUCCGAUCUAAGCUGUAGUGUUAACGUCGCAAAAGCCGAAUUCGAAAGGUGGCGCGCGAAGUGGAUGGAAGUCCCGCAAAACGGAGUGCCUGCAAGCGCCAUAGAUGCACUGAAUCACUGCCCCGCAGCUGAUUUUCCCAAAAUCAAUAUCCUCUUGAGAAUACUCGCUACAUACCCAGUAACCACCGCUUCCGCAGAACGUACUUUCAGCAGUCUUAGAUUGCUGAAGACGUAUUUGAGAUCUGUGAUGGGCGAGGCUCGCCUGAAUGGAUUAGCCUCGAUGAGCAUCCUACGGGGCAUCGACGUCGAUCCCGAGGAGGUCAUCGACUCCUUAGCUUCGAAUGCGAGGAAGCUAGAUUUUGUCUUGUAG